AUGGACGACGCAGAGGCUUUUAAUGAGUUUAUCGCAAACACAAAGGAUGAUUUAUUCGCCGAUGAUGAUGAAGAUGAUUAUUUGAAUGAAGAAUACUAUAAUAGGGAUCAAACGAGCACAAAUGUAGAUGAAUAUUUGAGGAAGAAGAACGCAAAAUAUGGACCAUUCACCACGGCGACGUUCUGGUCGAGAACAGACAACGCUAAAUAUGACCUUAAAAAUCACCUCUGGGACUUCAUGGUAUACAACAACAUAAGAGAGCACUCGUGUAACAACUAUAGAAGUAAAGUUGAAGUGAUGAGAUCGGAGUUGGUGGUAAAUAUAGUGAAUUGUGAAAAGGACCUGUUGGAUCAUCAAAGUUGCCAAAAUCUACAGGACCUACCCUCGGAUGAAAUAGAGACCUGUUUUUAUAAUUUGGUAUCGGACCUGCUGGAAAUAUACGGGGUCAAGCUGAACAAGUCGGACUUUAUGCCCGAAAACGUGAGUGAAACGGAAGUAAGCAGAGAAGUGGAGCAGUACGUAGGGUCGCACAUGUCAGUAAUACAACUGGACAGACAGAUAAGAGAGUACAAAAAGAGAAAAAUGGAAUUGGUAAAAUCGUCGCUGUUCGAGCUUCUGAAGAGCUUUAACGAGUUCAGAAACAAGAUACUGGAAGAGGUGUACCAGGACUCGAAGGCAGGGAAGAUGGACCUGACAAGAUUCGUCAAAAACAUGGAUAAGGUCACGUCGAGAUUCGACUUCUUCGGAGAGUACAGGUUUCACAACAUAAGAACCUACUACAAGAACAAGGAGGAGCUGGACAACUUCGUAGAAAACUACGUUGCCUUCAACAACUUUACAAGCGACUUUACGCAGUUCGUAAACACAUUUAACCCGAAUUACUCAAGUUCACACAUGACCACAACAAGCAAAACGGAUACAGGUAACGAAAGCAAGGUACCAUCACAUGAUAUGGGUGGUAGUAGUACAAGUAGAUCAACAGAAGUGGAUGAUGUUGGUGGCAACAGGGAACCAUAUUCAAUGCCUGAGGAACCAACGGAAGAUGACAUAAAUGAGAUAUUUGAUUACUUGGGAGGAAUGCAAUCGCAAAAUUAUGUAGAAACACAGGAAGUUGAAAGAGAAACAGUUGAAAAAGAACAAGGAGAACACGUGGAUGCCACGGAGCAAAAACGUGCAGAAGAGCCAGAAAAAACUGCAGAAGCAACCGAGGAAAUGGAGGUAGAUGAGGAGGAGUCAGAAAAUUUGAAGCUUCUGGAAGAGGCAAGGAAGAAGGCAGCGGAAAUCCUAAGGUAA